CAUACCAUCCAUAGGUGGAGGGCUGUUAUUCUGUUUCCCGCCUAAGAGAGGAUACCCCUAUUGUUCCUGAAAACACCAACCAGGACCCAGACUCCCAACAAAAAUUCCUCUAUCCCUACAACAGCAUCAAAAGCAGCAGCAGAAGCAAGAGCAAUAGAGAAGUGUUUUGAUGAAUAGCAAGAUGGAUAGGGCUUGCAGUGCCCCCAGCCCUGCUGAUACUAAAUGCCUUUAAGAUACAGCCUUUCCCAUCCUAAUCUACAAAGGAAACAGGAAAAAGGAACUUAAAACUCCCUGUGCUCAGACAGAAAUGAGACUGUUACAGCCCGCUUCUGUGCUGUUCCUUCUUGCCUCUGACUUGUAAACAAGACCUAGUAGAACAUACGAAUGGAAAGUCACAAACCUCUGUGUGUUUGAAAGGAUCCUUGGGACCUCAUGCACAUCUGUGGAAACUGGAUGGAGAGAUUUGGGGAAGCAUGGACUCUUUAGCCGGCUUAGUUCUCUAUGGAGUCAGCCUGCUCCUUUCUGGAAUGGUGGACAGUGCCAUGGACCUGAUCUUGAUCAAUUCCCUACCUCUGGUGUCUGAUGCGGAAACAUCCCUCACCUGCAUCGCCUCUGGGUGGCGUCCACACGAGCCCAUCACUAUAGGAAGGGACUUUGAAGCCUUAAUGAACCAGCACCAGGAUCCCCUGGAGGUUACUCAAGAUGUGACCAGAGAAUGGGCUAAAAAAGUCGUUUGGAAGAGAGAAAAGGCUAGUAAAAUCAACGGUGCCUAUUUCUGUGAAGGACGAGUUCGAGGAGAAGCAAUAAGGAUCCGGACCAUGAAGAUGCGCCAGCAAGCUUCCUUUCUACCAGCUACUUUAACCAUGACUGUGGACAGGGGAGAUAAUGUGAACAUAUCUUUCAAAAAGGUGUUGAUGAAAGAAGAAGAUGCAGUGAUUUACAAAAAUGGUUCCUUCAUCCACUCAGUGCCCCGGCACGAGGUACCUGAUAUUUUAGAAGUGCAUCUGCCUCAUGCUCAGCCCCAGGAUGCUGGAGUGUACUCAGCCAGGUACAUAGGAGGAAACCUCUUCACCUCGGCCUUCACCAGGCUGAUCGUCCGGAGAUGUGAAGCUCAGAAGUGGGGACCUGAAUGUAACCGUGUCUGCACUGUGUGUAUGAACAAUGGUGUCUGCCAUGAAGAUACAGGAGAAUGCAUUUGCCCACCGGGAUUUAUGGGGAGAACCUGUGAGAAGGCUUGUGAACUGCACACAUUUGGCAGAACUUGUAAAGAAAGGUGUAGUGGACCAGAGGGAUGUAAGUCCUACGUGUUCUGUCUCCCAGACCCCUAUGGGUGUUCCUGCGCCACAGGUUGGCAGGGUCUGCAGUGCAACGAAGCGUGCCAGCCUGGUUAUUACGGGCCAGACUGUAAGCUCAGUUGCAGGUGCAGCCACGGGGAGAUGUGUGAUCGGUUCCAAGGAUGUCUCUGCUCUCCAGAACGCCAAGGGCUCCAGUGUGAGAAAGAAGGCAUGCCAAGGAUGAUCCCAAAGAUAGAGGAUUUGCCGGAUCACAUAGAAGUAAACAGUGGUAAAUUUAACCCCAUCUGCAAAGCUUCUGGCUGGCCACUACCUGCCAAUGAAGAAAUGACUCUCGUAAAGCCAGAUGGGACAGUGCUCCAUCCAAAAGACUUCAAUCUUACGAGUCAUCUGUCAGUGGCCACAUUCACCAUCCACCGGAUCCUCCCCCCUGACUCAGGAGUCUGGGUCUGCAGUGUGAACACAGUAGCUGGGAUGGUGGAAAAACCUUUCAACAUUUCUGUUAAAGUUCUUCCAAAACCCCUGAAUGCCCCAAACGUGAUUGACACUGGACAUAAUUUUGCUGUCAUCAACAUCAGCUCUGAGCCUUACUUUGGGGAUGGACCAAUCAAAUCCAAGAAGCUUCUAUACAAACCUGUUAAUCAUUAUGAGGCUUGGCGGCAUAUUCAAGUGACAAACGAGAUUGUUACACUCAACUACUUGGAACCUCGCACAGAAUACGAGCUCUGCGUGCAGCUGGUCCGGCGUGGAGAGGGCGGGGAAGGGCAUCCGGGACCAGUGAGACGGUUCACAACUGCUUCUAUCGGUCUUCCUCCUCCAAGAGGUCUCAUCCUCCUACCAAAAAGUCAGACCACUCUAAAUUUGACCUGGCAGCCAAUAUUUCCAAGCUCAGAAGAUGACUUUUAUGUUGAAGUGGAGAGAAGGUCUGUGCAAAUGAAUAGUGACCAGCAGAAUAUCAAAGUGCCAGGCAACUUGACUUCAGUACUACUUAACAAUUUACACCCCAGGGAACAGUACAUAGUCCGAGCCAGAGUCAACACCAAGGCCCAGGGGGAAUGGAGUGAAGAUCUCAUUGCUUGGACCCUUAGUGACAUUCUCCCUCCUCAACCAGAAAACAUCAAGAUUUCUAACAUCACAGACUCCUCAGCCAUGAUCUCUUGGACAAUCUUGGAUGGCUAUUCUAUUUCAUCUAUUAUCAUCCGUUACAAGGUUCAGGGAAAGAAUGAAGACCAGCACAUUGAUGUGAAGAUCAAGAAUGCCACCAUUACCCAGUAUCAGCUAAAGGGCCUAGAGCCUGAAACAGCUUACCAGGUGGACAUUUUUGCAGAGAACAACAUAGGGUCAAGCAACCCAACCUUUUCUCAUGAACUGAUGACCCUUUCUAAAUCUCAAGCACCAGCGGACCUUGGAGGUGGGAAGAUGCUGCUCAUAGCCAUCCUUGGCUCAGCGGGAAUGACCUGCCUGACAGUGCUGUUGGCCUUCCUGAUCAUGUUGCAGUUAAAGAGGGCAAAUGUCCAAAGGAGAAUGGCCCAAGCCUUCCAAAAUGUGAGGGAAGAACCAGCUGUGCAGUUCAACUCAGGAACUCUGGCCCUGAACAGGAAGGCCAAAAACAACCCAGAUCCUACAAUUUAUCCAGUGCUUGACUGGAAUGACAUCAAAUUUCAAGAUGUGAUCGGGGAGGGUAAUUUUGGCCAGGUUCUUAAGGCGCGCAUCAAGAAGGAUGGGUUACGGAUGGACGCUGCCAUCAAAAGGAUGAAAGAAUAUGCCUCCAAAGAUGACCACAGGGACUUCGCUGGGGAACUGGAGGUUCUCUGUAAACUUGGCCACCACCCAAACAUCAUCAAUCUCUUGGGAGCGUGUGAACAUCGUGGCUACCUGUACCUGGCCAUCGAAUACGCCCCCCACGGAAACCUCCUGGACUUCCUGCGCAAGAGCCGAGUGCUGGAGACGGAUCCAGCCUUUGCCAUUGCCAACAGCACCGCCUCCACGCUGUCCUCCCAGCAGCUUCUCCAUUUCGCAGCGGAUGUGGCCCGGGGUAUGGACUACUUGAGCCAAAAACAGUUUAUCCACAGGGAUCUGGCUGCCAGGAAUAUUUUAGUUGGUGAAAACUAUGUAGCCAAAAUAGCAGAUUUUGGAUUAUCCCGAGGUCAAGAAGUAUAUGUGAAAAAGACGAUGGGAAGGCUCCCAGUGCGCUGGAUGGCAAUCGAGUCACUGAACUACAGUGUGUACACAACCAACAGUGACGUAUGGUCCUAUGGAGUGUUACUGUGGGAGAUUGUUAGCUUAGGUGGCACCCCCUACUGCGGGAUGACAUGCGCAGAACUGUACGAGAAAUUGCCCCAGGGCUACAGACUGGAGAAGCCCCUAAACUGUGAUGACGAGGUAUAUGACCUCAUGAGACAAUGCUGGCGGGAGAAGCCUUACGAGAGGCCCUCAUUUGCCCAGAUCCUGGUGUCCUUAAACAGGAUGUUAGAGGAACGCAAGACCUAUGUGAAUACCACGCUCUAUGAGAAGUUUGCCUACGCUGGGAUCGACUGCUCUGCCGAAGAAGCAGCCUAGAACAAACCACAUCCAUUUGUAUGUAAUGUUGCCCCUUCCCUGGCAUGUCAGACCCCUGAUGCCAAGCAAGCAAGCAAGACUCUGCCAACAGAGGUGACGUGGAAUAUAAAAAUGUGUAUAUAUAUAUAUAUUGUUAUGUCUGGGACAUGACCACAAAAACUCCUGUGUGUGAAUCUAUAGUACACUUUGACUCCAGUAGGACUGUAUAUACUGUUUUGAGUAAGAAUGUGCUGAAAUCAGAAUGCCUGUUUGUGGUUUCAUAUGCAAUAAUAUAUUUUUCUAAAAAUAUGGACCUUACAGGAAGGUGUGCGAGUACAAUUACUAUGAUGCAUGACUCAUUAUCAUCUUAGGUAUUUCUGAUAUUUACCUUCAUAGUGAAUAUUAUAAAAUGUUUCGCUGUAUAGAAGAAAUUUGUUAAUAAACCUCACACCGACCCUUGACAGCACCGGUGAGAAAAGUGGGGGCAAAUACGUUAGUUCUAUCAGGCCAUAGAUUAAAAUUUAAAACAGAUUCUUCUAUCCAUCUCUAAACUUUCUCCCUCACCUGUAGCAGUCAUUUCAAUUUCAUCUGGUCCUUUGAUACCCCUGUCAUAUGUUUUCAGAGCCCAUGAGUCAAUUCAGAGCACUAACAUCACAAAGUAGACUUAAAUCUCAUUCCGUAGAAGUCUAAGAAUCACUAGAGAAGUUGGCUAAAUUAAUGGGAUUUAGUUUCAGUUUCUCUGGUGACAUUGUUAAGAAAUUAAGUAGGAAGCCUGGGUUCUAUCAACAGAACAUCCCUACUGCACACUGUCAAGUUUCAGUGUUGAUCCGUUGUGAGUUUACAGUUUAUACCAUAGGCAAACGUUGCACUGAGAUCAUACAGUAAGUGAAUAAAUGUCUUGCCGACCUA